AUGCAAACCACCCCAGAAUUCUCCCACAAAGAAACGGACUUAAACGAUGAUUUACAGGAACGAGCAUUCUCCAGCCGCGGCUGCUGUUGCUUUUGGAGUUUCGGGUCCCGGGAAUCCGAUAAUUGGGAGCGAAUUUCGACAUCGGAGGGACAGCAGAAUACUGCAGGCAGAGGUUGGUGGAAUAAGGGAAUAAACGCGUUGAAGAAAGUGAGAGAAUGGUCGGAGAUUGUGGCUGGUCCGAAAUGGAAGACAUUCAUCCGCCGGUUCAACAAGACCGGCCGGUGCAAGACCAGGAAAUUCCAGUAUGAUCCCUUGAGUUACGCCUUGAACUUCGACGACGGCGGGCCAGGGCAAAACGGUCAAUUGCACGAUGACGACAAGGUAUUCAGGGAUUUUUCAUCAAGGUAUGCGGCAAUACCGUUAUCGAGUAAAGGGUCGAUGGACUUGGGCAAGGAUGCUCCGUCAUUCACGUAA